GCACAGGUCAUAUAUCACACCAUGGAAGUUACGAAUUGUGUUAUGUUACAAGUCAUCUGGCUUACUGUAUGAUUUACCCCCGGCCAGAAAUCGCAUAUAAUGCGACGUUGUGGCUUUUAUUUCCAAAAUCCCUGCUGAGGACGCAACACACGCACAAUGCCUUCAGCUCCAAUUGACGAUUCCAUAGUUGAUGUAGCGGAACCCAGGAAGGACACUAUCGGACUUCCAGAACCCGCUCUGGCACGCCUGACGAAAGCAGGAGUGGAUCUGUCUAAUGGGUAUCCAUACCGUCCUUCGAGACCCCUCUACUUGGACGAUGUGUACAGAAUCCGCAGCAAGGAGUGGAAGCACGAUGAUGCAGGUGCUCGGGCAGACAAGUCCAAGAGCGCUCUGCUCUCGGCUGCUACAAAAGUGACCGACUUGACAACCCAUAUUGGAACUGAGAUAGAGGGACUCCAACUCAAGGAUUUGACAGAUCAGCAGAAGGACGAACUUGCCCUUCUCAUUGCUGAGCGAAGUGUCGUGUUCUUCCGUAACCAGGAUAUCAGCCCACAGCAGCAAUUAGCACUAGGAAGAUACUAUGGAGAGGUAGAAGUUCACCCUCAAGUGGCUCAGGUACCUGGGAACCCAGGUGUAACAGUAAUCUGGCCUGAUCUCCAAGCUACCGAGCGGAGUGUCAGUUUUCGUCAACCCGGUGGUGCGUCUCGGUGGCACUCAGACUUGGUUCACGAGCUCCAACCUGCCGGAAUCACACACCUUCACAAUGAUACAGUCCCCCCUGUGGGAGGCGAUACGCUGUGGGCGAGUGGUUAUUCAGCUUAUGAAAAACUGUCGCCCGACUUCCGCAAAUUUAUUGACGGCAAACUCGCUGUAUAUCGUUCUGCGCACCCGUAUCUAGAUCGGAGCAACCCCGAUAGCGGUCCCAAGCACAUAGAGCGGGUGCAUCCGUUAGUUCGAGUACAUCCAGCGACCGGCUGGAAGGCGCUAUGGGUCAAUCGAACUUUCACUGACCGCAUUGUGGGGCUUGACCGGGGCGAGAGCGACGCCAUUUUGAAUUAUUUGUUCGGUGUGUACGAGGGCAAUGUUGAUAUUCAGUUGCGGUUCAAGUGGACGCCUGGCACUUCUGCACUCUGGGACAAUAGGGUUACUAUACACAACGCGAGCUGGGACUAUGGUGGAAAAUAUCCCAGGCAUGGAACUCGAGUCACGUCUCUGGCUGAAAAGCCGUACUUUGACGAUGCUGCGCCAACUAGGCGUCAGGCAUUGGGGCUAUUGGACGAAGGGGAAUUGAUACCUGACGGGCAGUAA